AUGGGUAAGAGAAAGAAGUCAUCGAGAGGCCCCGUCAAGCGAGUGGUCCAAAAGCUUGACACGGCUUUCAACUGUCUGUUUUGCAACCAUGAAAGGUCUAUAACGUGUACGCUGGACAAAAAAAACAGCAUUGGAUCGCUGUCCUGCAAAGUAUGCGGCCAGAGCUUCCAAACUCAGAUCAACGCAUUGUCACAGCCCGUCGACGUUUACAGUGACUGGUUCGAUGCCGUCGAAGAGGUCAACCAGGGCAAAGUUAGCGCGUCAGAAGGUGAGAGCGACUCAGAGAGCGAUUAUGAGAGCGAUUCCGAGGAUGAAACCCGGAAGUCGCGUCUUGCCGCUGUCGGUGCAGACGCGGACUCUGACGAGGCCUCCGUAGCCGACUCUGACGAAGAAGGCGGCACGGUGGGGCGUGGGAAGCGAGGGCCCAUGUCCAUCGUUGAAAGCGAUAAUGACGACGAAGACGACGACGACGACGAAUAA